AUGGAGUAUGCUCAAUCAUCUAAAAUUUCUAUGAACAAAGGUCGAAAUAUGGAGUAUGUUCAAUUAUCUGAUGGCAAUUCAGGAACAGUAAUACCUUCCAACACAACCACAAGAUAUAAUAUUCAUUUAUCUAAUAGCAAUUCAGAAACAGCAACACUUUCCAGUGAUUCUCAAUAUGACCAUAUACUUCAAUCACACUCUGGUGAGCAAUCAUCUGAUGGCAAUUCAGAAACAGCAACACCUUCCAGUGCUACUUUAGCAACACCUUCCAGUAUGCUCUCUGCAACACCUUCUA